UGCGCACCUGAGAAUGAUCUGCGAGCCUACUGCCACCUUACCCGAAAUUUCCAGUUUAAAGAGGCAGGAACUUUUUAUUGGCUGCAGACUAUCUGGAUAAAGGAAAGCUGUCAUUGGACUCCAGGAGUUCUCGAAAGUGGCGCACGCUCAGACUCCUAAAAAGCCCAGAGUCCUCCUGCAGGAGCAGUUAAGACAUCUGGCUGGCGGGCGCCGAGCUGGGCAGUCGGCAGGACGGCUGCAAAGCUCCGGCGCUGGGGCCCUUCCAGAGUAAUCACCUCACAGCCUCUCUUGAGGUAGGUGCUCUUCGAGUCCUGAUUUACAAAUGAGGAAACUGAGGCACCGCGGGGCUCGGUAGGCAGCCGAAGUCGUGCAGCUAAUAAAGUUCGGGAAAAGACGGAAAAGCUCCACACCGAACACUGAGUGGUGUCAUGAUUGCUGAAUUGUUUGACGUAUCAGCAGUAAACCUAAAAUCUUGUUUCUUCCCCACAAUGUCACAACGAAAAUAAAAGUCCCGCCCAGGGCGUGAAAAGUCUGGCGCACGCCCCACCCUCCCAAUCUGAGCCUGGAACUCAGCGCGCGGCGCCGCUCGGCCUCACGGCCCUUUCGGGACGGAAGGUCGGGGUGCGAGACCGGAAGGCGAGCGAGGGGCGGUGCAGAGCUCUCCCGGCGGGAGGGUGACUACUGGAGCCGUGGCGGCGGCGGCGGCGGCUCCGCGCCCAGGGCUCCAGAUGGAAGCGACGCCGGAUCCCGGGCCGGGGCUUUGCUGCAAGCCUGGCGGGCGGCUGGACAUGAGCCACGGCUUCGUGCACCACAUCCGACGGAACCAGCUCGCCCGGGAUGACUACGACAAGAAGGUGAAGCAGGCAGCCAAGGAGAAGGUGAGAAGGCGGCACACGCCCGCUCCGACGAGGCCUCGCAAGCCUGACCUACCUGUGUACCUGCCGCGACACCGAGAUGGCACUACUCACCCAAGCAACCCAGACUGUGAAGAGUCCGGUGAAGGCAGCAGUAGUGGUGGCUCCGAGCCAGAGCCUCCUGGCCAUCAGCUCUUCUGCUUAGAAUAUGAGGCAGACAGCGGAGAAGUCACAUCAGUUAUCGUGUAUCAGGACGAUGACCCAGGAAGGGUGAGUGAGGAAGUGUCAGCACACACGCCUCUGGAUCCAUCCAUGCGAGAGGCCCUCGAGUUGCGCAUCCAGGAGGAGAUUGCAAAGCGCCAGAGCCGACACUGACCAGGCUGAAGGCAUUCCCAGCAGGCGAGACUCUGCCCAGGGAGCUCACCCCUAAUUUGGGGGUGCCAGAACCAGUCUGGGCUGAUCUUGAGACACACACACAUACUCAUACCCCACAGCUGCCGCAUCCACAGGAAAAGAGUGUUGCAGGGACUAUGCCUGGCCACCUCCCUGGUAGCCACUGUUUCUUGGGUAUUGGCCCAUCUGACCAGCCUAAUAUUUUGGAAUUUUUGAGAAUUUUGUUUGGCUAGCUUGGUGUUCUGAAAGCAGAGACUCCAGGGAGAGCUGAGGUUUAUGAAGCCUGUGCCAACAUGCUUUCUCACUGAGUUCAUGUGCCCUGGGACACCUGGCUACUGCUGCUCCACCCAGCUCUUUGAGCCAUGUUUGCUAUUUUAUGGUUCUUUGCUACUGUGCUUCUGCUCACUUCCAUUCAUGGUUUCCUCAAUAUUUUUUUCAGCUUUGUUUCUCUGUUCUUUCCUUUUCUUCAUCUUUUUGUAUCAGAGUUCAUCAGUUCCAUCCACCCCCGACCUCCCAAUAUGACUUCUUCGCACCUCCAGCUGCUCAGGACUUUGGAGGUGUGGGGAUUGGGGGGGUUCUACCUUUCUGACAAGCUCUCCCAGAAAUUCUGAUACCAAUAAAGUGGGAGAUCUUCAUUUUGGGGUCUGACUUGCAAGCAUGUCUCCCUCCCCUUCCAUGGAUUUUGCAAGUUUGUCAGCCCCACUGAUUUGCACUGUCUAGAUAAAGGAGACUUGGGAAGAUGAUGCCAGAACUAAACUGCAAGGAUUUCUUGCAGCAAAACCUCCCGUGGUUAAGACUAUAGAAUUCUAGCUUUCAACCUCAUCCCUAAAGGGGAAUUUUCAAAACAAGCUUGAAACUGCCUCUCCAAAUGUGAUUUAACAUUCUUGAAUAUACGUACAAAGAGAAAUUCAACAUUAGCAAUAAUUGCCUGUUUGGAACCCUAGUUGCAAACAAACAAAAAAAGACCCAAACAACACGCCAGAGGGAGUAUAAUGAGCCUCUUCCUCGUCUCUAUGCUUUCUCCUUUCCUACCUCCCGAGAGUAUAUAAAUUCCCAAGAGAUCCUUAAAAUAAAGAUCCCAGGAAUGUCACUGCUUUCAUCUAAGUGAACAUUUUUUCCUAAUGCAGGGUUAGCUAAGGUCUGAGAAAUCCACAAGACAUCCUGUGCACUGCAGUUCCAAGCCACUUCAAUUUUCUAGCACAUCAGCCUAAUCUCAGUGACUUGAAAUUUGGGUUUUACGUGAGCCGAUGAGCACUGAGACUUCUUCAAACAAAAAAGUCCCCUGCCCCAGGGGUUUCUCCACAUCAGAGUUUCAAGAUCAGUCUGGCUGGUGCAUCUCACCAGCUUUUCUCUUAAAGGACGCCGGAGGGCACUCUUAUACUACAUAAUUAAAUUGCGGCAAGCCCCAGCUUGAAGUGACAGAAGAAUGCUGGGGCAGUGAGCAACGUGGAUAAGUUAGAAGGGCCUGGUUGUGAAGGCAGCCAGGGACCAGAGUGCUCCUGACCCACAGAGCUGGCCCAAGGUUAAAUGCCUCCAACUUACCAGUCCUGGGCUCAGUUCUACUUUUAGAUGAGAAAGUCUGCCCUCUGUUUAUACAGCUGGGCUCGAAGUGCCUUUCAACUUAUAAUGUUAACUACCCUCCAGAGCCUCCUGGGUUAAGGAGGCUAUACCAUCAUCCUGAUCUCCCUGCAGCUCAGAGGACCAGUCAUGUUAGUCUUCCAGCUCUUCAUCUGAUGUGACUUGGACGUAGGAUUUCACUGGAGCGCUUAGGCUUGCCAGUCUUGAAAUACUUUUGGGGUCUGUCUUCUCACAGCUGGAUGUCCUGCUUCCUGGAUUUAUUACCGAAUUUAGAAACAAGACCAGAAGAGGAGGUUGGGGGCAUAGCACCUGAAAUUUCGCCUCCAUUCCUGGUUUGUGAGAAGGGAAACGUGUACCUAUUGUCUUUAUGUGUUUGUCAUGUAAUCCUCACACACUCAGGUAAGAAAUUGAUGGGAACUCCUUGUGUGUAAUCAUCUUCUUGAGGCACUUUGCUUAUCAAGUGCAUAUAAAAUAUUUUCCACCCAAGAAAGCAUUCUAAUUCUUAGCUAAUUUAUGCAGUAUGACCCUAUAAAGCACUAAGCCUGGUACUUAAAUGAGAGGUUGUCCUUCAGAGCAGGCCUAUUGGUGAGGCUGCCAUUGUUCCAGGCAUGCCUGAAAUACUGGGUGAUGGCCCUCCGCCAGUUGACAGCCUUGUAGCUCAGGCUCAUUGCUUAUUGCCACCCCUCAUCUCAUCCAAGAUGGUACUAUUCAGUUUAUUCACCAGACUUAACCUCUAGACAUCUUUCAGCUCUUUUCAAAAAUCGGUGCUUUGCCAUUAAGAAACACAUUCAGAGCAUUUCCCACAAGCUCUAGAGAAUGUCCCAAAGAGGACUGUCCCAUGUUGUGUGGUGCAGUGGCAACAGUGUGGACUAGCUGGGGCUUUCCAUCAGGCUGCUUCAGAUUCAGCACUCACUUGACUAGACACAUUCUUGGCUGUCUAAAAAAACAAAAUAUUGUCUGGUAGGCUGAUAGGCAUAUCUCAUGCCCAUCCAAAAUGAAGUAUUUUUCACUUACUGAGGGUAAGCCUUGGAUUUUAAGGUUCUGUGUUUUCUGGGCCACAGUGGGUAGGUAAUGUUACAAAUAGAAGGAAGCUGGGGUUUGCAGGGACUUUGGGCUGUGCAAGAAUAAACACGAAAGCUCGAGUUCCAGCCAGCUGGCAAGCAUGGAAAUCUUUGACGAAUGUAAAGCAGGAAAAGAUUGUAAAGCUUUUUGUAUUGAGAGAGGAGGAGCCAGUGGAGCCUAGCCAGCCAGCAGGAAGGACCAGCAUGGGCUAGACCAAAUGCUACUCCCUAUGGAUGAGCCUCUGAAAGGGACAUUCCGUCUCCACAGUCUACCCGGAGGGGUACUGCCAGCUGGAGAUUAGCCUGAGGAGCUGGAAGAAACUUUUUGGUGUAGUGAAUAUCCAACCUGCUGUGCAUUUGGCUACAUCUGUUGAAUGGCCUGGUAGUGGAACCCUCAGUGGGUUUACAAAUGUAAAUGAGGCCUUUACAUAUAGAAGAAGGAAUAAGGACAGAUUAUUUUCCUACCUCUGAGCUGCAUUUUGGGAGAAUCACCAUGGAAUGUUGACAAUUAUUUGAAACAUCUCAAGCUCCCUCCUUGAAUUCCUGCCCUCCCUAAGGAAUUAGGUGGCUAAGAAGCCAUAGGCAUCCACCCCACAUUUCCCCAGUGAUUGGAGUGAUGCUAGAAGUGAAAACCUGAGUGAAUGGCUCCUCUGCCUUCUCAGAGCCACCAGAAUGACAGACUAGUUACACUGGUUGUGUUGUGUUAAAUGUAUAAAAAGCCAUACUCUCUUGUUUUCUCAUUUCAAUGUUUCUGCUGUGUGGAUGAAUAAAGUGGAGUAUGCAAAUAAUUGGAAAAUCUUGGAAGGAAGUUACUUUUCAAAGACGAUAUUCUUUUUAAUCAAUAAACUUACUAUUUUUACAGCA